ACCCCCUCCCCCUUCGUUCUCUUUUCUAACGGACCAGUACUGGAUUACUAAGGACUUCAAUAAUGAACAGGCAGGAGAGUUUACUGUAGACCUGACUGAACAGUAGUGAUUUUAAUUAAAGUGCGGAUAUUGUGAGAAAGUGUGACCAAGUGUGUUAUUACCUAUAUAAGUUGUGUGACUUAGAAAACGGAGUUGUAGUGCAUUAGACACUUAAAUAAGUGGAAUUGAUUCGGGGCAAUGAGAACGCAUUUUGCAUUGUUGGAUCAUUUAAAAAUAGAACACUGAUCAUUAUUUGCCCCUGCAUGUAAAUGCAAAAAGAAAAACUUCGAGAACUUUGAGAAAAACUGAUCAUUAUCCGGCCAUUUUACGCACAAAAAAAAAGAAGUUUUUUCAAAGAACAUUGAAAAUAAAAACUUAUUAUUAUCUGGUCAUUAUUAUACAGACACGAAGAAAUAUUUAAAGACCUUUCAGAUAACAAAAAGCAUAAAUUAUCUGGCCCUUAGUACACGUGCAGUUUUAAAAAAAACAUUGAAAAUAAAAACUGAUUAUUAUCUGGUCUUUAUUGUACAGACACGAAAAAAUAUUUUAAGAAUUUUGAGAUAGAAUAAGAAGCAUAGAUUAUCUGGCCCUUUUUACACGUGCAAAAAUAAUAAUAAUAAAAGAUAAAAUAAUCGGAGGGUGUCCACAAACACCCACGUCUUGCCUAAGCCUCUCCAUCGACCUCGGCAAUCUUCUUCGGGAGAGAAAAGAGCAGCAGCAUCAGCAGCACCAACAGCCUCCUCCUUUUGUCGAGUCCACAUGACGAUGCCGGACAGGUGAUGGGCGCCACACGACUCAAGGUGUGUCCCCGCAGAAGAGGGCUUGGCUGGACUCCUCGGCACCUGAGUCUGGCACUGCUAACCGUCCUCCUCCUGGUGGUCUCAGCUGUGCAAGGCGAAGGCCGAGAACCGCGGAUAACCGAACAUCCCACGAACUGGACGGUGCCCCGGAAUGAUCCGGUCACCCUGAACUGCAACGCCGAGGGGAAGCCGGAUCCGGUCAUCACCUGGUACAAAGACGGUGCCCCGGUAAAGGACUCGUCCCACCGGGUCAUCCUGUCCACCGGGUCCCUCUUCUUCCUGAAGGUCUCCCAGAGCAAGAAGGAGAAUGACGCCGGCAUCUACUGGUGCGUCGCCAGUAACCGGUUGGGAAGCGCCCGGUCAGCUAAUGCUUCCCUCCAGAUAGGCUUUCUUCGUGACGAUUUCCGAACUUCGCCGACGGGGGCGCGAGUGGUGGCUGGCGAGAGGGCGGAGCUGGACUGCUCCCCUCCCAGGGGCCACCCGGAGCCUAUAGUGUCUUGGACGAAAGAUGGACACCCCCUCACUCUUGAUAACAGAAUUUACAUCAAAGAUGGUGGAGGACUGGUUAUCAAGGAGACGCUGCAGACGGACGAGGGAAGCUACGCAUGCGUGGCCUCCAAUUUAGUUGGGACCCGAACCUCUGACCCGGCCAUCUUAGCUGUCCAAGUCCGCCCUUUUUUCGUCCGCCUUCCGAACGACGUGACGGGAGUGACGGGCGGAGAAGCCGUGCUUCACUGUCGGGCGGGCGGGUCUCCCCGCCCGCACGUCGUGUGGCGUCGGCACGACGGGCGGAUGCCCGUCGGAAGAGCCCGUCUGAUCAACUUCGACUCGUCGCUGAAGAUCUCCCAGUUGGCGGUGGAGGACGCUGGCGUCUACAUAUGCCAGGCUGAAAAUGCCGUGGCGACAGUGGACGCCAACGCGACGCUCACUGUCUUCGACCCACCUCAGCUGGUCUCCGGCCCUACCGACAUGGCGGUCAUCGUCAACACAACGACGCGCCUUCCGUGCUACGGUAGAGGGACGCCCACGCCCAUCCCGGUGUGGAUGCACUCCUCAUUCCCCCAGCAGCCCCUGAGUCCCGGCUGGAAGGGCCAGGACGCCCAGGUGUCCGACGACGGGACCCUGGUGUUGUCGAACAUGGGCGCUCAGCAGAGGGGCUCCUGGACUUGCUCCCUUCUGAGCGAGGCGGGAGACGCCCACGGGAGGGCGUGGCUCACCGUGGUUAACUCGAAGGACACGCCGCCCCCCUUCAUCAGCAUGCCCCCGGCAAACCAGACGCUUCCAGCGCGCACCCACGCCACGCUGCAUUGCCGCGCCCAGGGGCCGCCCAUGCCCACGCUCUCGUGGUACAGGGGCACGGCGCCCGUGCGCGCCGACGGGAAGAGAGUGACUGUCAACAAGAACGGCGACCUCACCAUCACCAGUCUCCACGAGACAGACAGCGGGCGGUACACUUGCCUAGCGGAGACGUGGGCGGGCUCCGUGCAGGCGUCGGCCUCCCUGUUGGUUGUGGGCGGGGACGAUCCCCAGGCGGCACGGAGUUUCCACCGGGCUCCCGACCCGUCGGCUCUACCUGCCCCGCCCACACGCCCACGAGUCACAGCCAUCACAAACGCCUCAGUCACCCUGGUGUGGGCGCCGCCCCACACGAGCGGCCAAGGUCCACUCCUGGGAUACAUUCUGGAGUCCUACACGACAACGGAGGACAGCAACGCCAAGCAGUGGCGGGUGGUCGCCAGGGGCCUGGCGGAGCCUCGAUACACGGCGCCCCUCGAGGCCGGCCGCCCGCAGGUGUUCGUCGUGCGAGCGACCAGCUCGCUGGGCGACUCUCCGCCCUCCCCUUGGUCCCAGGUGGUGAUGGUGGGCGGGUCGGUGCCUUCCAGCACCCGCCUGGAGAAUCCUAAAGGAGUCCAGAAGCAUUUGCUCAACCUGACCUCCCUGGACACUCUGUCUUCCUCUUCCAUGAAGAUCACUUGGCAGGUAACGGACGAAGGCACGUCCAUCGAGGGCGUAUACGUCCACAUACGUCCUCGGCGUCACCUGCACGCUCUUCAUCUGUCCCCUCAAGUCGAGCAUUCUCCUUAUUCCUCUUCCUCUUCUUCUUCAUCUCCAUCUACUCCUUCAUCCGAUGACGCGUCUUCGUCCUCUUCCUCCUCCUCCUCCGGCGGGCACUCCUCCUCCUCCUCCUCCGAAGAUUACAUCCCCUGGGCGACGGUGACUGUGAUGAACGCAGGAGCCUCCAGCUACGUCCUGACGAGGCUGACUCCCAACACAGAGUAUGAAGUGUUCCUGGUGCCCUUCGUCAGGAGCGACGAGGGCUUCCCGACGCAGCUGAGGGUCAACAUGACUUUACAAGAUGCCCCAGCAGGUCCUCCUCAGGACGUGUCUGUUCAUCUGGUGAACCUGACGAGGGCCGUGGUGACCUGGCGACCCCCCGAGGCCGACCUGCAACAUGGACACAUCACGGGAUAUCAGAUCGUCGCUCUGGUGAACGAGACGGUCGUGUUCAGCAACAAGACGGUCAACUCGUCCACGUUCAGCUACCAUCUGGCCCCUCUGGUGCCCGGGCACACCUACGCCGUCAGCCUGUCGGCGCUCUCCAAGAUGGGCUCCGGACCCACUUCUCGACCAAUCAGGCUGCAGACCGACCCGGCGUUGCUCAACCCCUUGGCCAAUAGGCACGCCGGUUCCGAGGGCGUCGUCAGGGAGGCGUGGUUUAUAGUGCUCGUUGGGGCGACGAUGUUUUUCCUCCUGCUGGUGUUCAUCGUCCUACUCUACGUCAGGAGGUCGCAGAACAAGGGGUCCAAGCUGCCUGCCCUCAAUGAAAAAUGCAUCACGGAGUCCAAACGGCCCUUCUUCAUCGAGACUUCCUCCCCGGGUCUUCUUGGGUCGUCGAGCCUCUCCUUCUCCGGGGGAGGCCCCAGACUGACGUCGACGCCCAGAGGCGCCCUCAGCACGACCAUAGGGCACAACAUAGCUCGCCAUUCCUCCAAGGGCGUCUCCCCCUACAGCGUCAAUCCUUUUACCUCGCAGCCACAUUUGCUCCAUAAGGGAGUAGCGCUGACCCUACGGGAUCUGGUACCCCCUCCCCCACCCCAGCCCCCACCAGGCUCCCACAGACAUAGAGAUUUUUCAAGAACUAACACCUUGGAGGAGUUACCUUACGCAUGCUACUCUGCCACCCGGGUAGCUUCCCCGAGGCCCUCCCGAACCGCCAGCCUGGAGGGGGGCGGGUCCCCCUAUGGUGGCUCGACCAACACCUACCAGAGCAUCGACGGCCUCACAGACGCCCUCCGCAGGGACGAAGACAACCGCUGUUGCUCCCACUCCUGCAGCCACAGCAGCCAGUGCCACGGGCACCACAGCCACGCCCACAGCCACGUCCAUUCCCACGGACACGGACGUUGCAACACUUGCGGAUCCCGCAAUUCCUCGUCGUCGUCGUCAUGCCGCCGCAACAGCGGUCGUACCAGUCGCUGCAGCCACUCGAAGCCCGCCAAGGCCUCCGGCGGGUCGCUCUACUCGCUGUCGCGCCCCUGCUGCCACGACGCCACCCGCAUCGCGCCCUUCCCCUCGUCGGGGGCGUCCAUCCCAACGCACAACUACAGGCCGAAUUUCUACGGGUGGGCGUCCCCUCCGGGCUCGCCGGCUCUCGAAGACUCCAGAGGCGGGGGCGGCGGCGUGGGCCCGAGGCGGCAGGUGUCCCUCGAAAGUGACGCGUUGCUACGGACAGACCAAACGCAGGUGGUGUACAGUGGGGGUUCGACCCGUUCCGACGGCGACUAUUGGUGCAGCCGGGACGCGGCCAGUGUCUACGGGGGAUCCACUCGCUCCGCGGGCGUCGAAACCGUGGGCGACGGGGGAGGAGGAGGAGGGGAUUCCAAGUCGGGUCCUCACGGAACUUCUCCGGAUUCGAGUGCCGUCGACGGAGCCCCGAGUGACGCCGUGUCCUGUGGCUCUUGCGAGGACACAGACGCCUCGUUUUAUGCCACUUGCGACAAACAAACAAAACUUUAAAGAGAGUUCUUUCCUUUUUUUUUUUCUUCGCGAGAGAGAAGAAUUAUUCUGAUGCGUGCUAAUGAUUUCGAGGUGCCAAUUCUGGGGUCUAUGUGAUAUAAAAAGUGCUAAAAAAAACUUUUUGGAACCUUAGAAACAGUCUUCUUCAUAGGUACUUAAAUAAAAAAAAAAAACUGAACUUCUGUCGUUCCAUUUGCAUAAUAGGUAGUGAGAGAUUUUAUAGAAGCCAGUAAAAAUGUAUAGAGCAAAAGGAGAGACUCGACUGUUUACGUGAGAAUUUUUACAGACAGAUGAAUGUUCUGAUCAAGUUUUCUUUUGGGAAACACAGGGAGAUGUAUAUACAAGAAUACCCUUCAGUUUCAAGAGUAGUUACGAUGUGUCAAAAACUGCAAAAUCUCCCCCACGAUGAGAAAAAGGAAGCACACUAAGUGAUAGACUUUAUGUGAAAUAUUCAUAAAUAUUUUAAAUGCUUUAAAGGUUAAGCUUUACUGUUAACACAGUUUCCUUUGCGCUUUCCCACUUUUCUUUUCCAACAGAAAAAAAAGCAAUACGAUUCUAUCAGUUUUCAGAUAAUUUAGUCGAAUGCUCCCGAAUGACUUUUGACAGACUACCUCUCCUCACACCUCGUCUCCUUGGAUCGGGUGAAGGGACUCUGCUGCAUUCGCGAAUGUCACGGCAAGAGAAUAUAUAAAAUAAUAUCUCUUCUUCCUGGUUCUCACCGUCUGUCGCUCGUUCAUAAUAGUUUACAUUGUUGACAAUUUUAUUAUGACUGGUUUCCUUCGUGUUUGUUUUCAUCGCGUAGACUCAUUGACGUAUGUCCAUGACUUUUCGUAUAUGUUGAUGAACUUGCUGCUACACCUAUACUGUAAUGUAUAUAUGUCCAGGGUCAUAACAAUGAGCGGAUGUCAUUCAGUGUCGAAAAUAAGUCUUAUUUAUUGUGUUGCAUAGGUUUGGAGGGCUCUUUUCCCCCCCAAAGUAAGUAAGUAAAUAUGGUGACUAUGCAAACAACCGGAACAGGGUGAAACAUUGCUGUUGAAACGAUGAUCUUUUUACAGAGUAACCUCAGUAUUUCGUCUAUAACUAUUCCAUGGCAGAUAGCAAUCUGGAGAUUACUAUAAUCCUCCUCCUCCUCCUCCUCCUCCUCCUCCUCCUCCUCCUCCUUCCAAGUCAAAAUCACGAAACGUCUUUGAUCUUUGAGCAUCACUUUCUAAAAGUUGAGGAAACGGAGAAGCAAUAUGCCACGCAUAGUUAUGGGAGGAAAUGCAAUCUAUGUAUAAUAAUAUGUAAGAGUGGAACACAAUGCCUGCCCACUACUGUAGAAAUGGUCUGAAAUGGUUACUUCUUUGCGCACUUAUAUGUAAGCAUUCAUGGCGACACCUGUUGGAUAAUCGGAAACGUGCCAGAGAAUACGGAAGCAAAUGCAUUUAAAUACAGAGUGCCGAUGAGCGAUUACUUAUAGGUGCGAGUGGAUGCAGGCUCUUUCUCAAUUUUUGUAAAUGUGGACCUGAAUAUUAUGAUCAUUUAUUUCCUCCCGCUGCCAACUUGUACAUAAUGUAAUCCUAAGUAUCAAAAGAUGUUCUCUCCCUCGAGGAAGGACAGGCGAAUUCGGAGCAUUUACAGGUGGUUUUGUACAAUGAACUUUCAGUUAUACCGUAGAGAUGUUAUUGAUAAUGUUAAUGCUGAAAUAAAACAAAAAAAAUUAGCAGGAGACAACUCCUUACUCGAGUGGUCUAAAAAAAAAUAAAAAGACUAAUGGUGUUAUCUAUUUGGAAAGGUUCUUUUACCUUUCCGCCACUGGUUCUAGUCCCGUGAAGAAACAAAAAAAAUGAAUUUUAAGACACUUCGUAUAGGAUUUUUUUUUCUUUUAUUAUCAGCUACGUAGAGGGGUUUGGAUGAUGCUGUGUCGUGGUGUUUUAUACAGAUCUUGUGAAUGUGCUUGUGAAAUAACCAAGUAGAAUUGUCUACGGAGUCUUGUUACUUAAGUAUAAAUAAAUAGUACGUGUGUAAGUCUGUGGCAGACUAUUGGCUAAAAUUAAAAAAAAAGGACUUUCGGUAGUAUGUACAUAGAGGCUAUAAGUUUCUUUGCCAGUAUUGUUACACUGUAUUCGCCCUUCACGGCGCAAGAAGUAGUAGUUUAUUGCUAUUGGUACAGUAUAUCUAGGAAAAGAAUGCGUUCUGCUAUUCAACCCUGGCAUUUAGUAAGAGAUUUCUGUACUUAAGAUGGUCCCAGCGGCGUUUCUUAACUGUAAAUAUAUGAUUUAUUUCUUGUAAUAUCUUCUUGUAAUAUCUGUACCUUCUUUUCCGGUAUUGAAUGAUCAUAGGGCUCGGUGAAUAUAGUUUAAUGGUUAUACAUUAUUCAUUUAUUCAUUCCUUUCCAUCCAUUAUUUACAAGAAAUGGCUCUUCUGGCAAAGCUAAACUCCAUAAAUACAUUCAGUGGUUUGUUAUUGACAUUCAUAUGUUGUAAACCAUAUCUAAUUUUUUUUCCCAGUAUUUUUUUCUUAUAUAGAAAAGAGAAUGUACCGAAAUGUAGCGUUGUAUUAUGCAGUUUACAUGUACCUGUUUUUUUUAAAUACAUAUUUCAGCGUCUUAAGAUAUUUUUUUUCUCUAAGAAACUGAUUUAUUAAUCGUUACUUUAUGACAAUAUAUUAUUUUUUUAAUGUGUCUUUGUUUGGAAUUUCCUUGUGACCAAAUGGAGAAAAUUUUGAAUUGCAAGUCAGAUUGUAGUGUAAGUUUUGACUGAUUUUGUUAUAAUGUAAUUCUUGAUUACCAUGUCUCUCUCUCUCUCUCUCUCUCUCUCUCUCUCUCUCUCUCUCUCUCUCUCUCUCUCUCUCUGUGGAGGGCACAUCUCACACGCAAGACUCCCAUAAAUGUUAACAAUAAUUGUGAUGUACUUGCUGUGUGACAUUUUGAUUGUUUUUUUUUUUUUAAUCACUUCUUUUAAACGUUUUCGUUAGUUCUGUGAUAUUUCAAGUUUAUUAUUAUACGAUGCAAAUUGUCUCUUUCCAUUAUGUCUACACGUACGCUGAUAUCCCACACAUACAGAUUAUAUAUAUAUAUAAAUUUGUAUAUGCAUCUUACCAUUUGUAAUUUGUAAUAUAAAGUUAAUCCAUAUUUUCUACUUGAGCUCUUCAGUAUUUUAUUUUCGAAAAACUUACCGUAUUACCUAAUUUAAGGAAUGAUUAUGGAACUUUUUUUAUGUUAGCUUUCAAAUACUCAGUCUAGGGGCUUCCCGACCGCAUUCACUCGCUACAUGGUUCGCUGUGACACAUUUUGCCCCUGGAAGUAAUUUUUUAUUUCCAUGAAAACUGAAACAUUUUCUUUUUUGACAACACUACCAUUCCCCUCCCCCCACCCCUGUUCCCCAAAAAGUAAAUAAAAUCAGUUGUGUACCAUUUUCCCCCUUUCCUAUAACAUGUCUUGUGUUAUUUAAAAAAGUAAAGUGAAUGUAAAUAUUGUAUAGAUAAUCAUCAGAGUAAAUGUUACAAUGUUUUUGGGACAGAUUUUAGUGACCCUAUUGUUUUUUCCUUUUUCUUUAUAAUUGUUCUCUGGUUUGCCUUUUCCUUUUUAUCUUCAUCUCUCUCUCUCUCUCUCUCUCUCUCUCUCUCUCUCUCUCUCUCUCUCUCUCUCUCACACCCCUUGUGUGGGAGAGAUAGCUCCAGGCUGCUUUAGUGGAAACUAAAGGGAGGUCAAUCACAGUCCAUAAUAAAAGAUAAGUAGAUGACCAGUGCGGUUUAAAAAAAUAAAUAAAUUGAUAAGAAACAAAAAUGAAUUGUAAAACUGCUUCAUACUUAUAUGAAUUACUAGAUGAACUCUUUUUGUAUUUAUCCUUUGUACAUGUAGAAGAGAUAGAGUACCCCCGCCCCCAGCCCCCCCCCCCCUCCCCCAUCCCAACUAAAUGAUAUAGACAAUGGAAUAAGGGACUUUAAGCUGAAUCUGUUGCCAGAAGCACUUUGAGGACUUUUAUCACACGAUUUCUAGGUGGGAUAUUGCCUCUCGUCGGAGGAAAUUCCCGAAAUUUAGACUUCACCUGAAUUUCGGGAAUUUGGCCCCCCUCGAAGCGAGCAGCCAUUUCCACGACCCAACUAAAAGAGAAAAGAAGAUAGAUAGAUAAUAUUCAGACUGACGUCACCGUUCAAUACAGGAAGAUGUCAAUGCAGUCGUAAGUCCUGUCCCUUUCAUGAUUCGCCUUGUGUGAUAUCAAGAGUCAUAGAAACUCUGGCAAAGAAGGUUAAAUUCCAGUAUUCCGUUGACUAAUUAGCCUCCUUAGGUGAGGGUCAGUCAUGGUUUGUACGUCUAGACAGAUGUUUUUGUGGAGGACAGAUAGAUGUAUAUAUAUAUACUAUUGUUUACAGAAA